AUGGACCAGAACGACUACGGCGCCCAGUAUGCCGCCAAGACUGGCGACGAAAAGACCGAGGGCUCCUCCCUCGAGAAGGGCACCCAGGAGCUCGCCGUCCAGGACGACCAGGCCUACCAUUUCGACCCCGCAGACCUCGACCAGGUCCAGCGGCGGCUCAAGCAGCGCCAUGUCCAGAUGAUUGCCAUCGCUGGUACACUGGGAACAGGUCUGUUCCUGGGUUCCGGUGCGGCCCUGCGCGAGGGCGGGCCAUUAGGUGCCCUCAUCGGCUACGCGCUCGUUGGUACCGUCGGCUACGCGACCCUCUGUUCGCUCGGUGAGAUGACCGCGUUCGCACCCAUCUCCGGCUCGUUUCCCCAUUACGCUGCACGCUGGGCCGACCCCGCUCUUGGCUUCGCACUUGGCUGCCAUGCCUACCGCGCAUGCAUCCACUGCUGGGCGUCCACCGGAAAGAGGGCACUCGCGCUGCUGUCGCGCUGUCCUCCAGUAUGGAAUUACUUCUACACCAGCGCCAUUUCCACGCCCGUCGAAAUUAGCGCUGCGGUCGUUUUGCUCACCUUCUGGGACGCCGACACUGGCCACGCCGCGGCGUACACCGCAGCUAUCACCUUCGGCGUGUGCGCGAUUAAUAUUUUCGGCGUCCGGUGGUUCGGUGAAGCAGAAUUCUGCUUCUCGAUUAUUAAAAUUUUCUUGAUUACACUGCUGAUCAUCACUGGUCUUGUCGUUGACCUUGGUGGAGGACCUGACCAUGACCGGAUUGGCUUCCGCUACUGGAAGGAACCCGGCCCCAUCGCGAGUGCAGGUCUCGAGCCGAAGCACAUUGGCCUCGACCGGCUCCUCGCGCUCAUCUCCGUCAUCGUGCAGGCCGCCUUCUCCUUCCAGGGCAUGGAGCUCGUCGCCAUUGCCGCGUCCGAGACGCAGUCGCCCCGGCGGAAUAUCGCGAAGGCGGUGCGCCGCGUGUUCUGGCGUAUCCUCGUCUUCUACAUCCUCGGCAUCCUCAUCACGGGCAUGCUCGUCCCGUUCAACGACCCGGACCUCCUCCAGAGCUCGGGCACCGCCGCGGAGUCGCCGUACGUCAUCGCGUUCACCCGUGCGGGCAUCAAGGUCCUCCCCGCUUUUAUCAACGCGUGUGUUUUUACGUCGGCGUUCUCGGCGGGCAACUCGUUCUUGUUCUCGGCGAGUCGUAUUCUGUACGGUCUCGCGAUCCGGGGGCAGGCGCCGAGGAUCCUGGGGUACUGCACGAAGAAGGGUCUCCCGAUCGCUGCUAUCCUUGUUUCUGCUGCCUUUGCGUGGCUCAGCUUCAUGAACGUCUCCAGCGGUGCCGAGACGGUCUUCAACUGGUUCGUCAACCUCUCGACGACGGCCGGAUUCUUCUCCUGGGGCGCGAUAUGCGUGACGUACCUGCGGUUCUACAAGGGCCUCAAGGUGCAGGGCAUCGACCGGACGAAGUUCAGCUACUACAGCAACCUGCAGCCGUACCUCGCGUGGUGGGCGAUCGGCUGGCUCAUUUUCUUCAUCCUCAUCAACGGCUUCGCCGUCUUCUGGGUCUGGAACACGGACAGCUUCAUCACCGCGUACAUCAACAUCCCGAUCUUCGCUGUCCUCUAUGUGUUCUGGAAGGUCUUCAAGCGCACCCGUUCGUGGCGCCCGGAUGAGAUGGACUUUGUCACCGCCAUCCCGACCGUCGAGGAGACAGAACUGCCCGAGGUGCCUUCCACGACCUUCUGGGGCAAGAUCGGCGACGUCAUCUUCUGA